AUGCUCUCAAUUCGUUCAUUCCACUGUCUACAGGUAAAUUUUUACGACAGCCUGGAGGCAGCCACGGCUGAGAAUGACUUGGACGGCUUGGUAAUUUCGACGCCUACCUUUACCCACGAAAGCGUAAUCCGACAUGCGGGUGUUCACCAAACUUCGGUCUUUACCGAAAAGCCCGUCGACGAGACGGCUGACAAAAUCGAAGCUCUGUUUGAGUACGCACACGGAGCGGGGAUAGAUCUGUGCUGCGGUUUCCAACGACGUUUCGAUCCGUCGUACGUUGCAGCCACAGCGGCCGUACAAGAGGGCCAAGUGGGUACUCCCAUCAUGGCCAGUCUCUUCUUUGCCGACCACCCCUCACCUCCGAAAGACUUUCUGCUCAACGGUGGCAACAUUUUCAUGGAUUUGGCGGCGCACGACGUGGAUUACAUUACACACACCUUACAGGAUGAAGUGGUCUCGGUGUACGCCUCCGGUACCUCCUCCGACAAAGACUUGACGGCCGCCGAUGUGCAGGACAACGCCACUAUGAUGAUGAAUUUUCAACAAGGGGCCGUGGUGACGUUGUUCAUGAGUCGUUCCGCCACUUACGGCUACGACCAACGCUGCGAAAUUUUCGGGCCCCGCGGUCUCGUGUCCGUCGGCAACAUUCAUGCCAACACGGCGGUUAUUUCCAAUGCCAACGGCAUUCGCCAUUCCCGUUGGCAGUAUUCGUUUCCGGAACGCUUUGCCGCGGCGUUUGCCUUGGAAAUGGAUGCCUGGGCAGAUGUCUUGGAAAAGGGGUGGACGUGGCCCGUGACGGCGGCGCAGUGUGUACGGGUCCAGCGAAUCGUGGACGCGGCACGGCUUUCGGCCGCACAAGGCAGUGUGGUGACGGUGGAAGCCUACAACGAAUCGCGUCUCGACUAG